AUACUUUCUUUUCCCCUCUCUGCAGUCAUCCUUGACGGGAAAUACUUUCUUUUCCCCUCUCUGCAGUCAUUUUAAUCCUCCUUAAUUAUUUUAUCUCUUCACAAUUUCUUUAUUUUUUUUAGUCUGUGUGAAUCUGUUUGUAUGUAUAUGUUUUCUGGUUUAUGAAUGUACCAUGUUUCAAUUGGGUCAAUCGGCUGUUUGUGGUUCGCGCGUCCGUGCUCUGCAAAUUUGAGCCCGUGUAUUUGCUGAGUUGUUUUGUUUUUUUUUUUCGCACCGUCAGAGGAACCAAAUGGUUCAAUCGGGUUAUAGACUUUCAAAAUUGGGGUACUUUGAAUUCGAUUGACGCUCUCUCGCGUUCGAUUAGGGUUUGAUUGAAUUCAAUUUAUUGUGUUUUAUUUUAUUUAUUUAUUUUAAUUUCUCAUUGCGUGUAUUUGCUAGAAGGGAAGUUAUGAGGAACUUUCAAUACAGGGUGUCAACGCCACCAGCCAUUUAACGCAUUCAGUUUUGUCGUUUUUUAUCUCAAAUUCAUCUAUUUAUUCAUUUUUUCUUUUUAGUUCGGAAAAAAAAACAGACAGGAGUUUUAGGGGGAAAGAAAAACUUGAGUUGAAUUGAAAGGGGUUAGUAAUAAUAAUAAAAAAAAAAAACAGGAUUUUUAGUGAUUGGUGGUGGAAUGAAGUGCAGCGCCUAUAGGGCGUCGUCCAGUGAGUUAUGGGCGAGGCAGGCAAGCGGAGGAGGUGGGGUGAGCUUUGAGAGUGAGCAUGAUUUGGCCGUGAUGGUUAAUGAUUUCUUGGAAAAUAGCAGUAACAGUUGUGGGACUGACUCAAGAUACAGCAGUGAUAGUGAUUCCAGCCUCUCUGAUCUUCUUCUGCUCUCGCACAAAAUCUCUUACUUCAAGUUGGUGAUGGAUAAGUUCGAGAGUGAUUUGACGUCAGUAGUCAAUUCCCUUGCACUCUCACUAAAUGAAGGAGACCUCACAGCUGCAGCUCCCGGCCUCUGCAAUGCUAGCUGCAUAAGAUUCUCUCUUGUCAACCUUCUUCGGCUAUCAGGAUAUGAUGCUGGAGUGUGCACAUCUCGUUGGCCCGGGACUGUCAAGGUUCCAGGAGGUGAUCAUGAAUACAUAGACGUGAUUUACUACAACGAUACUGGCACAAGCGAGCGUUUGAUUGUGGAUAUCGACUUCAGAAGCCACUUUGAGAUUGCAAGGGCUGUCGAGUCCUAUGACAGGAUAUUGAAUUCCCUCCCGGUUAUUUACGUCGGUACCCUCACAAAGCUCGAGCAGUACCUUCAGGUGAUGGCCGAGGCCGCUCGAUCGUCUUUGAAACAGAACUCGAUGCCUCUUCCUCCGUGGAGGGCGUUUGCGUAUCUUCAAGCCAAAUGGUGGUCUCCACAUCAGAGGAGGUUCGAUUUGGACGAACGGAACUUUGAAGGCGGUAUUCCUCACGAACAGCAUAAAUGUGGUGGCCAUCUCAAAAGCUUGAAAUCCUUAAUUGUGUCGGAUAUUGAUGGGGAGCGGAUGCAUUGUGGUGAUGCAAGAGCGGAAGGUGGUAGACGAAGAGUGAAAGGUUGGAGGGCGAAACUGUCAAAUCACACGUAGCUCUUGUUCACUGCAGGAAACAAGAUUGGCAAAAAUUCAUCAUUUUUUCUCUUUUUCAGCGAAUUAUUAUCAUUUUUGUGCGGCAAAAAUUAAUCAUUUUUUUUUUCUCUUUUCAGUAUUAUUAUCAUUUAUGAGUGGGAUCAAAUGUCUCAAAUAUGAGAGUUGUGAAAAAUAAUUUUUGUGCGGCAUCAAAACUGUGUCAAUAUGAGAGUUGAGUGGUGAGGAAAUUCGCCCCUAUGUGUAAGACUUGAAUUUCUUGAUCCUACCUUUCUAUAAAUUCAUCCUUUACAAAUUUCUUGUGCCUCAUUGCGUUGGUUUUUUUUUUUUUUUUG